AUGACCCAUAGCCAGUCGGGAGAUCUACUACCAUUAGACCAGGAGCUUGAACGAACCUGUAGGAACUUCAAGCGGGCUCUAAAGGCGCGACUGCCUGCGGAGGAGGUGCUAGCACAGCUGCAAAUCGCCAACGAAGAAGAGAUGGGUGAUCCACAGGACCAUGAUGUGGUCCUUUUGAGGAGUAGACCAUGGGAUACUACUAGACCGGCAGGGCCGCGGACAUGA